AUGGCUUUCUUUCCUUUGAAAAAGGCGCCAUUCUCAAAUGAAAAUGCUGAGUUAAAUGAAAAUUUUGCUGAGCUAAUAGUCUGGAAAGCUGAUAUAAAUCAACCAAUAAAGGUUGAAGGUUUAAUUAUAAAGAAAGAAAAGAGCGACAAAUUAUACUUGAGUAACAUUCAGAAGUUGUUCGGAAGAUCAAAAUUAACAAAAUCAGAGCCAAAACUAUAA